GUCAAAACGAAUGGAAUUGGAAUGUCAAAAGAUGGUUUUUUGAGGUGCUUACGAUAAAUAAAUAAAAUUAUUAAUACAUUUUUUAAAUAUGGGAGGUUCGCAGAGUACACGGAAAGUUACUAUUGAUAACGAAAAUGCUAUACAGGUAUCACAAGAGGCAUUAGACCGAAUACAAACGCAGUUGACAGGCAAACAAACGGAACAAGCACAAAUACCACCUCCGGCCCAGUACAGACCGCCUCCCUCAUAUGACCAACGGCGAAACCAAGAUUAUGCUUCUGAAGAAGCAUACUGGACCCGUCGAAUAGAGAAUUUGAAACGUGCACACGAUAAAAUAAACUCUGGAAUGGUUUUAGAAUACCAGAAAACUUUAAAGGAAGCUAAUGAAUUAUUUGAUUUAACACAAACUUAUAAAAUUGCUACCAAAUUGCCACCUUGUCAGGAAGAAAAAACUAAGGUUCUAGAAUGCUACAGUACAAAUCCUGACAAGCCCCUCUCUUGUUCAGUUUUAGUAAACGAAUUCAAUGAUUGUGUCUGCAAGAGUAGAGUGGCUGCCGUCACCGCAUCAUCUUGAGCUGCAAGUUUUUACAUAGUACAGGAAAAACUUUGUAACUACACUAACAAAGAAUUUUGGCUCUGCA